AGACCACUCUCUUUUGUGGUGUCCUCUCUCUAAGCUACAUUCAUUCGUUUGCUUCAUCUCUAUUUCCCACACUCGUACCUCGAGCCGUUCAAACGUGCAUACAUACCCGAGCACUUCCCUGUUUUCACAACUCAUCACCCCUGGCAUCAUCAGAAAACCGGGAACUGGAGGAUUGGAUCAACUUUUCCCCCCCUCCAUCUCGUCUACAAAUCCGACCUCGGUCCUUUGUCCCAGUUGGAGGGGUGGAAAGCAUUGGUUGGCUACUGUUGGUUCUUGCCAGUUGUGCGUCAUUGGGGAUGAGGCUUUGGGAGUUGGUGAACGGUUGUUGAUUGACGCCUUGCUCUUGGAUCACGAUUGCGAUUACGCUCCUGGCUCUGCGCCUCCUUCUGAUUCGCCUGUCUCUCUCCUCGACCCUGGCCUGGAUCGCUGGCAACGAUCUGACUGAUUUAUCCUCCAGUGGGGUGAAGGAUUUACGGUUGGUGUGGGGUAUUUUAGUUUUGGGAGGCUUCGCUCCCAGCUUUUUCCUAGUACCUGGUUUCGCCCGCCUGUUGAUCUUUAUACAUAGCUUACGACUUCCUCUGGUCGAACCUUUUGUUUUCGAUAUCGAAAUUUAAACUUCAUCUUGAACUGAACACGAUAUGAAGCCCACCAAACAGCCAUCGUCGGCCUUUGCGCUACCCUCUUCCUUGCAAUUACUUGCUUCAAUAUGUCUCCUCGGCCUGAUAUAUCCUACCACGGCCUUUCACACAAAUCGCAUGUUUGAGAGAGAUGUCUCUCUCAGACCUCCAAGAUGGGGACCACCUAUCAAAAGAGAUGGACAGGUACCAAUUAAAGUUACGAACAAAUGCCCGGAGACGAUAUGGCCGGGAAUUGGUACACAAGCUGGUACCGGACCUGGAAGUGGAGGAUUCGAACUUGCUUCCGGAGCGAGCAAAACCUUGACGGUUAGUAAAGAUUGGCAGGGAAGAGUUUGGGGCCGGACGAAUUGCAGUUUCAAUGCUGCUGGAAAUGGGGCUAGCAAUGCCAAUGGAAAUAAUGGUGGAGGUGCCGCUUGCGAUUCUGGUGAUUGUGGUGGGGUUUUAAAUUGUGUUAUGACUGUAAGACCACAUACUGCACGAUCGUUUGUUUACUUGAACUAAUGAUAAUCAGGGUGUUUCCCCAGCUACUCUAGCAGAAUAUGAUCUGGCAGGCGGCACAGGUGGUGUCCAAGCAUUCUACGAUAUUUCCCUUGUCGAUGGCUAUAACCUACCCUUAGGAAUAGUUUUCAUCCCGGGCGACGACCCAAAACUCCAAAAGGUCCCUCCAAAUCUCACAAAUGCAGUCUGCAUUGCCACGGCCGGAUUCGUAGCAGACCCUGCUCCCUCUGGUACUAAUGGCGACUCUUCCAAUGCUUCUUAUCCCGUCCCCUACGAAGCCACCCAGUCCAAUUCUGACAUCGCAAGCUGGUGUCCUUGGGAUCUCCUCAAAAUCCAACCCGACAAACCGGGAGAUGGAGUCUACCCUUACCCAGACGACAAUAUCAAACGCCCCAUCUUCGACCCAUGCAACUCAGCCUGUGCUAAAACCAACGCCCCAGCAGACUGCUGCACAGGCGCCUUCUCUGUCCGCGCCGAUUGCAAACCCAACAUGUUCUCCCUACAAGCCAACAAAGUCUGUCCCGAUGCCUAUGGAUACGCAUUCGACGACCAAGACUCCACUUUCAUCAUCCCAACUGGUGGCGGUUUCGAGACGAUCUUCUGUCCCGAGGGUCGCAGCACGAAUAUCCUGAAGACGUUUAAGCAGCAGCUUCAGGAUCUGACGGGCGCGCCAGGCGCGGGCAAGAGCUUGAAGGAGAUUGAUGAGGAUGCGAGGAAUAUGACGAUCAUUCUGGAGGCGGCGAAGCGGAGUGCGGCGGAGAGGACGGGCAGGGAGGGGAUGGGGUGUGUGGGUGCGUUGGUGGUGGUUGUUGCUUGGGCUGUUUUUGUGGGGUUGUGAGGAUGGAUUUGAUUGGGAUGGUUUGUAGGGGUUCUGGAUACCUAACUGGGUUUUCGUGAGAAGAGGGGGUUUUUGGUCUGGGCGUUUGUUUUCUUCCUGUUAUGAGGUUGUGAUGGGAGAGGGGGAGAUGAAUGGUGCGAAGGGGAUUACGCGAGAUUGUUGGCGCCCCCUUUUUUCGUUUUUUUGUUGGUUUUGCAAUUCCCUAAGAUACCCCCUACUUUUUUUGAGUAUGCUACUGUAGCCUUUCCUAGUCUUUCUCUUGAACUUUGCUCAUGGCGAUGAGGUCGAAAUUGAAGUUUACGAAUAUGAAUACCGUAGAAUACCGUAGAAUACCGUAGAAUACCGUAGAAUGAAUGAAAUGAUGAAUUUGGU